AUGUUGGUGGUUGCUGUGAAGAACAUGCUAAGAUCUAUGCUGCAAGUAGGCGGUCCUAGUGGUGGUGUUGCGGCCGCCAAUAAAGAUUUCGUUGAGGAAGAGGCUAUGAGUGAUGAUUCUGGCGAUUUAAGGGCUGUAAGAGUGUCAAUAACUCUAUAUCGCUCUUUGUGCAGAAACCGAUGCAUUAGUCCUGAUAAAACUGACCGGGGCUGUGACGGGAAUUGCGAUUACCAUAUGUGGCCUUCGACCGAGUGUUGUGUGUGUCUUUGCAAGUUUCAAGCUGAUGAGGAAGUGUGUGAGCUUUCUUGCAAGCAUUUCUUCCACAGGGAUUCUUUGGAGAAGUGGCUUGAUAAACAACAUAGUAAUUGUCCUCUUUGCCGUUCCAUUAUGUAG